UUGUUGUGUUUGUGUAGUUGUGAAUAACUCAGCGGCUUAACAAGCGGGAUUGAGUGGUUAACACCGGGGCUGCUAUCCGGAGCUUGGCCGCUGCCGUCACCCGAGGUCUCGCUUUUAGCCGGUGGACGUGUUCACUCGUCAGAAAGGACCUUCAGUAUGCUGGUGAGUUGGACUUGAGCAGGUCGAAGACAACUCAAAAGGUUGCUGUGUCAGUCCGAGCUUGAACCCACAGCAGGAGAAGAGAUGGGGAACACGGCGACCAAGUUCCGUAAAGCGCUCAUCAAUGGGGAUGAGGGGCUCGCCUGCCAACUCUAUGAGAGUAACCCCCAGUUCAAGGAGGCUCUGGAUCCCAACUCUACCUACGGAGAGUCCUACCAGCACAACACUCCACUGCACUAUGCUGCCCGGCACGCAAUGACACGCCUACUCAGGUAUUUUGUCUUAAGCAAAGAUGGAAAUCCUAACAAGCGUAAUGUGCACAAUGAGACGUCUCUGCACCUCCUCUGCAUGGGGCCCCAGAUCCUGAUCUCAGAGGGGGCACUGCAGCCUCGGAUCUCGCGGCCAUACGAUGAUGAACAGCGUCGGGCUGAAUGCCUACAAAUCAUCCUGGCAUGGACUGGGGCAAAGCUGGAUCACGGAGAAUACGAGAGUGCUGAUGUCAAUGCUACAGACAACAAGAAAAACACCUGCCUGCACUAUGCCGCUGGCUCAGGGGUGAAGACCUGUGUGGAGUUCCUGGUGCAGAGAGAGGCGGACCUGUUUGCGGAGAAUGAAAACCGCGAGACUCCGUGUGACUGUGCAGAGAAGCAGCACCACAAGGAGUUGGCCCUAUGCCUGGAGUCGCAGAUGGUCUUUUCGAUUGCCCCUGAGGCAGAGGGUGUAGAGGCAGAGUACGCAGCCCUUGACCGAAGAGAGAUAUACGAGGGCCUGCGGCCUCAGGAUCUACGGAGGCUGAAGGACAUGCUGAUAGUGGAGACAGCUGACAUGCUGCAGGCCCCCCUCUUCACUGCAGAGGCACUGCUACGUGCCCAUGAUUGGGACAGAGAGCAGCUCUUAGAGGCCUGGAUGAACAAUGCGGAAGAAUGCUGCCAACGCUCAGGGGUACAGAUGCCCAACCCACUUCCAAGUGGCUGCAAUGCCUGGGACACCUUGCCCUCGCCCAGGACGCCACGCACAACCCGCUCUUCCAUUUCCUCCCCAGACCAGAUCAGCCUCAUGCCUACUGACGAGGAGUCUUCGCUGUGUGGAAUCUGCAUGUCUUCCAUCUCUGUCUUUGAAGAACCUGUUGAUAUGUCCUGUGGCCACGAGUUCUGCAGAGCAUGCUGGGAAGGAUUUCUAAAUCUAAAGAUCCAAGAGGGUGAAGCCCAUAACAUCUUCUGCCCGGCCUUUGACUGCUACCAGCUAGUACCUGUGGAAGUCAUAGAGAGUGUGGUGUCCAGAGAGAUGGACAGGCGAUACCUGCAGUUUGACAUCAAGGCAUUUGUGGAGAACAAUCCAGCAAUCCGCUGGUGUCCUAUGGCAGGGUGUGAAAGGGCUGUGAGACUCAACACCCAGGGUCCUGGAGCUUCCACCUCCGACCCUCUUAUUUUCCCCCUUCUUCGUGCCCCUGCAGUAGAUUGUGGCAAAGGCCACCUCUUUUGCUGGGAGUGUCAAGGUGAAGCGCAUGAGCCCUGCGACUGUGACACCUGGAAAUUGUGGCAACAGGAAGUCACUGAGAUGAGGCCUCAGGAAUUGGCGGGUGUGAGCGAAGCCUAUGAGGAUGCAGCCAACUGCUUAUGGUUGAUGAGUAACUCCAAGCCCUGCGCCAACUGCAAGUCUCCGAUUCAAAAAAAUGAGGGCUGCAACCACAUGCAGUGUGCUAAGUGUAAGUAUGACUUCUGCUGGAUCUGUCUGGAAGAGUGGAAAAAGCACAGCUCAUCAACAGGAGGCUACUAUCGCUGCACCCGCUAUGAGGUCAUCCAGCAGGUGGAAGAGCAGUCAAAGGGCAUGACUGAUGAGGCAGAGAAGAAACACAAGAGCUUUCAGGAACUCGACCGUUUUAUGCACUACUACACCCGUUUCAAGAACCAUGAGCACAGCUAUCAGCUGGAGCAGCGCUUGUUAAAAACAGCCAAAGAGAAGAUGGAGCAGCUCAGUCGAGCCCUAAGUGGAAGGGAAGGAGGACCACCUGACACAACCUUCAUUGAAGAUGCGGUCCUAGAACUUCUGAAGACUCGCCGCAUCCUCAAGUGCUCUUAUCCUUACGGCUUCUUUCUGGAGCCCAAAAGCACAAAGAAAGAGAUCUACGAGCUUAUGCAGACUGAUUUAGAGAUGGUUACUGAGGACCUGGCUCAAAAAGUCAAUCGGCCUUACCUGCGGACGCCGCGUCACAAGAUCAUCCGGGCGGCGUGUCUGGUGGAGCAGAAGAGGCUGGAGUUCCUGGCCUCGGUAGCCAGGGGUGUGGCCCCCAAUGACUCUCCUGAGGUUCCCAGGCGCAGUUUCGCUGGCGGAACGUGGGACUGGGAAUAUUUAGGCUUUGCAUCACCUGAGGAGUAUGCAGAGUUCCAGUACAGACGGAGACACCGACAGCGGAGACGAGGGGACAUGUCCAGUCUGCGUAGCAGCACACCCGACCCUGACGACCCCAGCGACAGCGCUUUAGAUGAUGUCGGAGGUGGACGCAGACAUGGUCCCCUGAUGGGUCUCGGUUCAUUUGAUGACGACGACCCUAACAUUUUACUGGCCAUUCAGCUGUCUCUCCAGGACUCUGGCCUGGCUGGGAGUGGGUCCAGCCAUGAGAUCCUUGCCAACGAAGCCUCUCUUGGCGCUAUUGGCACCUCCCUGCCUUCUAGGCUUGAGCAGAGGGCUCCCGGUGUCGAGAUUCUCCCUAGAGCUUCCCUAAGCAGCUCAGAACUGCUGGAGCUGGGAGAUAACUUGGCCAGACUCAGCAACAUCAACAUCGGCAGCCAUUAUUCUGCUGCUACCAGUGGUAACGCCUCUGUGCAGCAUCAUGACAGUCGCUACCGGCCAUAUGGGGCCUCUCUACCCAUACCAGUGGCCCCAGGUGGCAGCAACUCGUCGACAGGCCUCUUCUCCUCUUCUAGUGACACAAUAGAUUCAAAUACGUAUGGCAGCCACGACCCAUCCUCGUCCUCUGCGUUGGCUGCAAAUGCUAAUCUGCUGGGAAACAUCAUGGCAUGGUUCCACGACAUGAAUCCUCAAGGUAUCACCCUGGUUUCAUCCACCUCCUCUGACACAGAUUCAAACCUGGGCGCACUACAUGCAGGCGGAAGGAGCUGCUCGCAAGAUGACGAGAAAGCCGGCGUGGUCGUCCUGCCUCAGGAAGUGAUGGCAGACGUGGGUUUCUGCUCUCGGAGAUUGAGUGACAUGGAGGAAAAGGACUGUGCCGUGGCGGAGAGGCCGACCCAGUUGGAUCUUGUGGGGCUGGAAACUAUGCCGCUACCGUACAUGGGUGCACUUGAACCAAGUGGAGACCAGGCAGAGCGCAGAGGCUCGAAGGUCUGCCGUGUCGACACUCCGCAAUGUGACUCUAUAUCCGACCAGCUGCCCAGCAGCAGCUCCUCUGAGUGGGAGGACCAAGUGCACCUAGUAUGAUAUGAUUGGCUGAGGCGGCCAUGAUCUUUUUUAUUUUUUUGAAAGGCCAAAAAACACUCAAGGUGGAAGAGUUUUAUUUGAUGGAAUGUAAACAGAAUGAAGAAUGUGUCGGUUCUUUGGUGGACAGAGGGGGAAGGUAUUUUAAGACUCUUAGUUUAGUCUAACACUGCAGUCGGGUCCUUUCCUGUGGUGGCUGUAGAAGCUAUCCCCCAUUAACCAGCCCUCCUGAAGACAAAGCACUAACUGAAGGAGAGAUUAUGAAUUUCAAUGAUAUAUCUCCAUAAACGAUUCUCUGCUGAUAGAAAUAUGAACUAGUUGCUUUUUCUGAAAGCAGAUUUAGGAGACGAGAGAUUUAGAGACAUAAUCCUAGUGCAGGUAUUUUAUUUUCCCACUGGACUAAAAGCCUACUGUAUGUGUCUGGAUCAGGUCUGAGGGAGGUUUUUCCCCUUGUGCAUAGGCAGCAGUUUAAUAUCCAAUAUUCAAUCUGUAGGGUGCAGUCUGAGAAAGAGUUCUCACUCCUGCCCAUAUCUGCCGGCUUCAUAGGUGCCAAACACUGACUAGCAAAAGCACAGUCUGCAGUCACCAAGUGGAUUAUUCACAGCAAGUCGUGCCUGCUUCUUACAAUCUCAAUGACUCAGCUAAACGGUAAUGUGAAAGUCUCCAGCCAUAUUUUUGAGAUUGCGACUGAGGAAAAUUUAAAUUCUAAAAGCUGUAGUGUGCUGUGUAAAUCUGUAGUUCCAGACCAUAACGGUUGUGUACUUCAUUACGUGAAACACCCGCAUCAUUCAGACGAGCAGGAACGAGGUAGCACCCAUUCAUCUCCGAGCCCCGAUCCGAGAACAGUUUGAAUAGGAAACGUCAAGAGAGCUUCAAAAACAACAAACGCUGACUGGCCCGGGGGGGGGGUCGCUGAGCAUCAAUCAGCACGCACCUUUCUAACAGCGCUUUCUGAAUCCCAUUGAAACUCCUGUUAAAACCACGGACGGGGGAACUGCAGCGGAACGAGGAGCGUGACAGACGAUGUCGACAGCGAAGUCGUCUUGUUUAUACGCAGCAGGAAAAAAAAGGCCAGUCAAAGUGAUAAUCAAGCAAUCACACUCAGAUUCCGGUGAAUUAAUCAAUCAAGCCCGAGCCGCUGUAAUCAAUCUCUUGGUGAGUGUGAAGCGAGCAGAGCCUUCUCAGCGCCCUGCAGACGUCCCGGCCGGCCAUCGAGAGAAUGUGAACGUGUGUUUGCUCCAACGAGGAGUCCCUUGUUCUUUCAAACGGUUCUCUACACAGUGCCUUUAUGUCAAUCACAGAUAUGUAAUCCUCUUUCACAAGUGAUUCUUCUGAGUGCUAAUUACACAGUAUUUACAGUGUAAAGAAAAGAAAAACACCUGUUACCUUAAAGUUACUUCUCUCACAUUAAGGUUGAAGUUUGCAGACGUGAGCUCUUGGUUUUUUUUUUAUUCCUUCAAGAAAAUAUUUGUAGCAUGAGGCUUUUCGUUCGUUCUAGAAGUAUUAGGUUAGAGGGUGACACAGAUUUCCUAUGACUUGGUUUUAAUGUCACACUCUCUAAACUUCUCCGGCUUUAUUUCUUUUGUGAAGCAGAAAAUCUUGUCCUACUUUUCGAAACAGUUGGUUUUCCUGUGGUUUAGAAACUCUAAUCACUGUAUCGACUUUGUUGAUCCACUGUAUGUGUGUCACCGAUCUUACCUGAAGUCAGACACUAAAAAUUGAGGAAAGUUGCAAUAUGAGGUCGGUAGUUAUUUAAAAUGACCUUGAUCCACUAAAGAAAACGCAAUUAUGAUUAACUGAUAUGAUAUGAUCUCUUUCUGAACAGACUGAAGUAAAUGACCGUUCUCUCUUUUCGAGGAGAAGUAGAGAGCCACAGUAAAUCUAAACGUAGCGAUCGCUUGUGUCUUGAAGUUGUGAAACUGAGUGCCAUUAGGUUAGUUGGACUAACUUUGUCGGACUCGGUUCAUGUUGAGUGGGUUAAACGGAGGAUCUAACACAAGUGUCCCGCUUUGUGUAACACUAUGCUGUGCAUGAAACGGGAACGAGUCUGAAUAGAGUUUGUACUUCGUAUUUCACCUCUGAUGUCCAGGUGAUUUAUUUUCAAACGGCAUAUAACAUUUUGUAACACAUUGAGAUUUUCUAUUGUAAAGCAACUAAUCCUUGAAAUGCUAUUUGCACUUUCAUAGUCUAUACUUGAUACAUUCCCUCUUUAUAUGAAAAAAAAAAAAAGUUUGAUGUGUGAUGCCAAUAAACUAUGUGUUGAGUUUUAA